UCCGCUGUCGGUGUCCCUCGUCGUCGUCCGGUUCUUGCUCUCGCCUGUUUCCUCCAACUUGUCCCUCGACUGUACCCUCGGCUCUUCGACGGCUGCACCCCUCCUGAUACUAGGCUUGCCUUGUAUCCGCAUCUGGUCUGCCGACCUUGUUUGUGUACCUGUUGUACCUUCGCACGACAGCCACGACCACCCUCCGUCACACCCUCGGCCACGACUUCCCAUCCUCCUUCCUUCCCAUCCUCCAUCCAUCCCACCCCACCUAACCCUCCACGAUGGGUCUCAAAGCAAAGUACGCGCCCGAGACCUUCUUGUCGAAUCCGCAGAGGUUGCGGAAGUAUGCAAUCUGGUCCACCGUCAGCACUAUCAUCGUCAGCCUCGCGGCAGCGGCGACUGGAUGGGCGAUGAUUGCUACUGGUGACCGCCAUUUCAUGCGCUCCGAGCCCGGCUACUUCUACGUGCAGGCGCUCAUGUUCACGUUCAUGUUCCUCGCGAAUGCGCCCGGCCCCUACACCCUGCGCACCUCGCACCGCACACACAUCCAGUACGCCUUCUUCGCCGCGUUCGCGCUCGCGCUCGUCUCGCUCCCCGUCGGGUGCUACGCGCUGGGGAAGGCGUUCAAUCAUAAGACGCGGGAUAACUUUUUGGACGCGUGCAUUGGGUGGGAUUUCGAGGAGGGCGGCACGGCGGCCUGCAGGCGGAGCGAGAAAGCGCUGCGGGCGUAUGUGGCGGCGGCGUAUGUGCUGAGCUGGAUUGUGCAGAGCGUCGCCCUCACCUUCGUUUGGUACUACUACCGCCACCUCUCGAACGCGUUCGCGGAGGCUGCCGAGGAGGAGGAGAAGGCGAUGCUGCGCCCCAUGUCCUACGCGAGCACGCGCGGGUCGAGGAUGUCAUAUGCGUCGGCUGGGAUGGGCGGGGGUGGCGACAGGCGCAUGUCUAUGGGUGGGGACAGGCGGAUGUCGAGCUACGGCGGCCACCAGCGCGCAUCGAGUGCCAGCGACCCUCGCAUGUCCAUGGGCGGCGACCCUCGCAUGUCCAUGGGCGGUGAUCCCCGCAUGUCAAUGAGCGGGGACCGGCGCGCGUCGAACCGCACGUCUCGCCACGCUCCGAGCCCGCAGAACACCUAUCGGCAGUCGAUCCUUCGUAACUCUGUCGUGGUCGAUGAGCAGGGGAGGCAGAGGGGGUCGAUCCUGAUGAACAGGGACGAUGUCGACAUGGCGAGGGACGGCAACGGCGUGCGCCCAGUUGACGAGCCCUUCGUGCCCAACCCGUACAGCCGGCACUCAUAUGGCCACGCGCGCGGGGAGUCGUAUGGGCCGACAAACCGGGAGGCGUUCGUUCACUCGGGCGGCGACUCGUAUGGUCCCAGCAAUCGCGACUCUUACGGCCGGGAGAACCGCAUGUCGCUGCUCGCGGAGGAUAAUCAGCUCGUCGCUCGGGAUGAGCCCGCAUCUGACAUCGCGUUUCCCACCCCCGACGCCCGCCCCACACCGCCCGGGCUGACCCCGCCCGGCUCCGAGGAGUACUUCGACCCCUACUCGCCCGCACCGGCCCACUCCAGCAACUCGGACAGCAGCUACACGGGCAACGCGUCCUCUGGCUACCCGGCGAACCACUCGAGCUCGGGGUUAAACCGCUCUGGCUCAGGACUAAACCGCUCUGGCUCACGCCUCGGGCAUUCCAACUCGAACUCGGGCCUGGGUCACUCUGAGGGUACCGCGUACGGCGCGAGUCAGGACUCCCGCGCGACCUCCGCCUCCGAGCACGCGACGAUGAAGCCCGCGCCGUCGCGGCAGGUGUCCUACUCCGAGGGCCCUGCGCCCGGGCAGGCGCCCAGUCGGCGGGUGAGCUUUGAAGAGGAGGCGGCGUUGCGGGAGCAGCUGUUGGCCGCGCAGGGACGGGAGGCGCAGAGGCAGGCGGUGGCGGGGCAGGGUGCCUUUUCCUCGUCUAGCCAGGGUGCUUCGCGCGAGUCCGUGACGAUGCCCGGGGCUUUCUCGUCUCCUGAAGGAACGACUCCCGACGGUGCAGCACCUGCGCGCAAGCGCGUCAUCAGCUUCGACCUUUCCGGCAGCGCACCUCCGACGCCGGGUCGCGUGUCGCGCAAGUCGUCGUUCGCGCGUCUGCGCGGGAUGCUGUCGGGGUCGAAGGACGAGACGCAGCCGCUGGCAUCGACGAAGCAUUGAGCGUCCCGUGGUGAGGCAGCUUCUUUUCAUUCCUCAAGACCAAGUAAAUGUUCCUUGCUCGCCAAACAUCAGAUACUGAGGCCACCCCUAUAGAAUACUGUACAGUACUCGUACCUUUAUCUUCUCGAGCAUGUUC